AUGGGUGCAACCGCGCCUGCGCGGGCCAGCCGCGAGUGGGGCAGCGGGUGGGGCGGGCCUGCUGGUCAGCAGGGGCGGCAAGCAAAGGCGGGCCAGCUGAAGCAGCCGUUGGGGACAAAAAGCGAGGCCGCCCCCAAGCCCGAGGCGCACAUGCAGCCGACGGCAGCCGCAGGCGGCCCGCCGCCGCCGCCGCCGCGCGCAAGCGCGGACGCCCCGCAGGAGCCGCGUGACUUGAUGCGCACUUGCAUCUCACGCUUCGCUGAGGAACCCGUGCUGCGUGAGAGGGCAGCGGCCAAAUACUCAGAUCUGCUGCAGCUCGAGCUCCAAGACGGGCAGCAGCGCGACACCGCUGGUGACGCCAUAUUGAGUGUGCUGGUCGAAGCCGACACACGCGUGCGCGCGGAGGGGCUUGCCUUGGCGAGCCAACGCGAGCGGCGGGUCUCGGCCGCAGUCCAGGCGGCCGAUGCAGCCGCCGCGCGUCUGCCGCCGCUGGGUGCGGACGCGCUGCACCUGGCCGCCGGGUACUCGGUUCUCCUCGGGUCCCCGGGCAGCUGCAUGCUCGCAUCGAUGCUGAUGGCGGAGGCGGCGCUGCUGCUGCAGCUGCAGGGCGCGGGGCUGGCGCCCGAUGGCCCAGUGCAGCUGAAGCACGAGUUCUACUGGGAGCGGCCCCCAAACCUCCUGAAUGUGGGUUCCUCACCGGAUGCUCGCCCGCGGUCAAGCAAGCCGCCCGGCCUGCCCCGUCCACUGCUCUGA